AUGGGCGACGACCGUUGGUCGGCUGGUGAAGGUGGAGUAGCUCGCUCGUCAACGCCCUUUGUGCACCAUGGCAGCGUUGACUGUGCAAGCAAUGGGACAGAUACCCACCUGUGGUCGUCCCUUGCUACAUGCAUGGCUUGUGGUGGUGGUGGUGCUACAUGCAUGGCAUGUGGUAGUGCUGCUACAUGCAUGGCAUGUAAUGGUGGUGCUACAUCCAUGCCAUGUGGUGGUGGUGUUACAUGCAUGGCAUGUGGUGGUGGUGGUGGUGCUACAUGCAUGGAAUUUGGGGGUGGUGCUACAUGCAUGGCAUAUGGUGGUGGUGCUACAUGGAUGGCAUGUGGUGGUGGUGCUACAUCCAUGCCAUGUGGUGGUGGUGUUACAUGCAUGGCAUGUGGUGGUGGUAGUGCUACAUGCAUGGAAUUUGGGGGUGGUGCUACAUGCAUGGCAUGUGGUGGUGGUGCUACAUGGAUGGCAUGUGGUGGUGGUGCUACAUGCAUGGCUUGUGGUGGUGGUGGUACUACAUGCAUGGCAUGUGGUGGUGCUGCUAGAUGCAUGGCAUGUGGUGGUGGUGCUACAUGCAUGCCAUGUGGUGGUGGUGUUACAUGCAUGGCAUGUGGUGGUGGUGGUUCUACAUGCAUGGCAUGUGGUGGUGGUGGUGCGACAUGCAUGGCAUGUGGUGGUGGUGUUACAUGCAUGGCAUGUGGUGGUGGUGCUACGUGCAUGGCAUGUGGUGGUGGUGCUACAGGCAUGGCAUGUGGUGGUGGUGCUAUGUGCAUGGCGUGUGGUGGUGGUGCUACAUGGAUGGCAUGUGGUGGUGGUGCUACAUGCAUGGCUUGUGGUGGUGGUGGUGCUACAUGCAUGGCAUGUGGUGGUGCUGCUACAUGCAUGUCAUGUGGUGGUGGUGCUACAUGCAUGCCAUGUGGUGGUGGUGUUACAUGCAUGGCAUGUGGUGGUGGUGGUGCUACAUGGAUGGCAUGUAGUGGUGGUGGUGCUACAUGCAUGGCAUGUGGUGGUGGCUCUAUAUGCAUGGCAUGUGGUGGUGGUGCUACGUGCAUGGCAUGUGGUGGUGGUGCUACGUGCAUGGCAUGUGGUGGUGGUGCUAUGUGCAUGGCAUGUGGUGGUGGUGGUGCUACAUCCAUGGCAUGUGGUGGUGGUGCUACCGAGUGGUGGUGGUGCUACCAAGUGGUGGUGUUACAUCCAUGGCAAGCGGUGGUGGUGCUACAUGCAUGGCAUGUGGAAGUAACAACUGAGGGCAACUGA